AUGCACUCUGAUGCCUUCAGGCUCCUCAGGACCAAACUGAACCCUGCUGUAGAUAGUACACGAGUUGAGAAGAGCUCACUCAGAGCUGCUGCAGUGAUUCUGGGUCUGCUGUGUCUCCUCCUCCUGACUGGACUCAUAGCUCUGGUUGUGAUGUUAACCAAGAGCAAUGAAAUGCAUGAAAUGAAGAUUGUCAGGUUACAGGCAAGUUACAACAACCUGACUGAAGAAAGAGACCAGCUACAGACCAGGUACAACAACCUGACUGAAGAAAAAGACCAGCUACAGACCAGUUACAACAACCUGACUGAAGAAAAAGACCAGCUACAGACCAGUUACAACAUCCUGACUGAAGAAAGAGACCAGCUACAGACCAGUUACAACCAACAGGUUACAGCCUUGACCAAAGAGAGAAAUGAUCUUCAGAGAAAGGUUGAAGAUACUGAGGCCAGUCUAAAAGAUCUGACUAAUGAGAGAGAGGUCCUGAGGAGGAUUCUGAAGGACGAUGUAUGGGAAUAUUCCAGAGGUAGUUUCUAUUACGUGUCUUCUACCAAGAAAACCUGGCAACAGAGUCGAGAUGACUGUCUUCAAAAAGGUGCAGACCUGAUGAUUAUCAACAGCAAAGAAGAACAGGACUACGCAAACCGGUUCAAGAAGUACAUGUGGAUCGGCCUGACUGACUCACAGAGAGAGGGGACAUGGAAAUGGGUGGAUGGGACUCUGCUAACUAAAAGCUACUGGACUUCUGGGGAGCCUAACGGUGGAACACGUGAAAACUGCGGGGAUAUAAAGAAUUAUGAUGAUGCAAAUAGUUGGAAUGAUGAAAGCUGUUCUCAUUCACUCUACUGGGUCUGUGAAAAGAAACUCCUACCAGAAAUGCUUGUUAAAAGUUAAAAGUUGAAAAAAAAAAAAAAAUUGUGAAAAGUGUCAGCUGAGGAGGCAUUGCUGUUGUUUUAAUGUCAUUAGAGCAUCAAUACUAUGUGUUUGAUCACUGUUCAGUUAUGUUACCUGUUAUUAUUUAUUGCAUUUAGACACCAGAAAAUGGUGCCUCUGACAUGACAUGGUGAAUAUGCAGUAUAUUAAUUUACAAUAUAAAGUGAACAAUUGCUCUUUUAACUUUGUUAUUUGGAUUCUGUCAUGACUUUGGAUUCGUGUUCUUUGUAUUGUGUUCUUAUAUCUGGUUUUUGGUUUCUUGUGUUUGAUUUAUGUCUUUGUAUCAUGUCUUGUGUCUCAUAUUUUGUUUUUUAACCCCUCAUGUGUCCUUUAAGUUUCCCUGUGUAUUUCCCUUGUUGAAUUUCCAUGCCUUCCUGUGUCUCUUGUCCUUUAAGUGUCUCCUAUGUUCUCCCCUCUGGCUUCCUCUGUUUGUUGUAUUAUUCCCUUCAUGUUUUCCUCUGUGUUCCUCCCCUUCAUUACCUCACCUUUGGUAAUCAGUGUCUGUGUAUUUAGUCUGUGUUUCCUUCGCUUCUUGUCCGGUCAUUGUCUUUGUUUGUCCUUGUCAUGCUCCUGUCCCCUGUUUGGUGUGUUUUGGAAUUUUUUGUAUUUUUUUCCAUGUUUGAUUUGAACUUUGUAUUUUUGCUUUGCUACUUUGUCUUCUCCUUGGUUGUUACUUUGC